CUCCGCAAGACAGUCGCCACCGCGCUCGAGCGCCGCCUGCUGAACUAUAUGCAACUUCGCUUUUGUAAUAUUGGGUACACUUCGAAUCUCGUAUUCCGUAUGAGGAAGUGCUGCAUACGGGCUGGCAUCCUAUCCAGAAAUGCCAGAACUAACAUGGGUUCCAGAAGAUUUGGGUGUACUGUCUGUCCGAUCUUCAACCACGACAAUUGAUCUGCAAGACCAGCUUUUGCGAAUCGUUUAUCCUCCUUUUCACGCUCCCGAAACACCUUCUUGUAGAUGAUAG